GUGACCAUAGAUAAGCAAGUGACUCACAUUUCAUUGAUAACAAACUAUUGACAUUUUUCCUUGUUUUGGUUUCACAAUUGAUUAUUUCGUUGUAAAUUAAGUGUAUAAUUAUUGAAAAAGUAUUUUAUUUACUUUCAGUUUGAUCAUUGAACAAGAGAGGUUGGCUUUCUAACUUUCAGAAACAGUGUUUAGUUGUGUUUUUUGAAAAUUACCAUUGUGUGAAUAUGGGGGCAGUUCUAGGUCUUUGUUCUGCUGCUCAAUUGGCGUGCUGUUGCGGAAGUGCAGCAUGUUCUUUGUGUUGUUCAGCAUGCCCCUCCUGUAAGAAUUCAACUUCAACAAGGAUAAUGUAUGCCAUUAUGUUGGUUGUUGGUACAAUAGCAGCAUGUAUAACAUUAGCCCCAGGGCUGCAGGAUACUUUGAAAAAAGUACCGUUUUGUAAAAAUUCAUCAUCAAGUCUACUGCCGAAUUCUGUUGUAUUUGAUUGUGAAAGUGCUGUUGGUUACCUUGCAGUUUAUAGAAUAUGUUUCAUUUAUACCUUAUUUUUUGCUUUAAUGGCAAUAUUAAUGUUAGGAGUAAAAAGUUCAAAAGACCAUCGAAGUGGUAUACAGAAUGGUUUUUGGGGCCUGAAGUAUAUGUUGAUAAUUGGUGGCAUCAUAGGAGCAUUUUUCAUACCUGAAGGCUCAUUUGGACAAACAUGGAUGUAUUUCGGAAUGAUUGGUGGUUUUUUAUUUAUUUUAAUUCAGUUAAUCUUGAUUGUUGAUUUUGCUCAUUCGUGGGCUGAGAGUUGGGUGGGAAAUUAUGAAGAGACAGAAUCUAAAAAGUGGUAUAUUGGUCUGUUAUUUUGCACUUUUCUUAACUAUGCUCUUACAAUAGCAGGAAUUGUUUUGUUGUUCAUCAACUUUACAAAGGCACACUCAUGUGAUUUAAACAAAUUCUUUAUAUCAUUUAAUUUAAUACUUUGUGUGAUAGUGAGUAUUGUUUCCAUUUUACCUGCUGUACAAGAGAAAUUACCACGAUCAGGAUUAUUGCAGUCUUCAGUACUUUCUUUGUAUGUCACCUAUCUGACAUGGUCCUCUGUGUCUAAUUCUCCUGAUCAAGAAUGCAACCCUGGUUUAUUAGGAAUAGUUGGAGCUGGUGCAACAAACCAAGUUGGUUUUCACAAAGAAAGUAUUAUUGGAUUAAUUGUUUGGCUAUUAUGUGUAAUGUAUUCAUCUAUAAGAUCUGCAAGCAGUUCAUCCAAACUGACAAUGUCCGAUAAAGUCCUGGAUAAUGAUAAAUCAGCUUUAGGCAACGACAAGUCCGUGCUUGUUGACAAUGAAGGCUAUGUACCCAUACCAGGUAACGAGCACCCAAAUGAUGGUGGAGAGAGUGGUGGAAAAGUGUGGGACAAUGAAGAGGACGAGGUGACCUAUAGCUGGUCUUUCUUUCAUGUCAUGUUUGCAUUAGCAACUCUGUACGUUAUGAUGACUCUGACCAACUGGUACAAACCAAAUUCAUCCCUGAACACUUUGAAUGCCAACGCUGCAUCAAUGUGGGUGAAAAUUAUUUCCAGUUGGUUGGGCAUAGCACUGUAUGCUUGGUCCCUCUUGGCGCCGAUAAUCUUGCGAGAUCGUGAUUUUAGUUAAAUGUAUCGAUUUACUUCAGUUUGAUUUAAUGUUAUACCACGUAUAUGGCUUAGAGUAAAAGCUGAAUAAAUGUUUUGAUUUUGUUGUUUUGCUAAUGUAACUAUUAUUACAUUGAUAGGAAUAAAUAGUGUGAACGCGA